AUGGAGCAGGGUGACGAAUUACCUCCCGGAAUAUCUGCGGAAGAUUCAAUUGAGUACUAUGAAAACAAACCCUCUAUCAGUCAAAUGGAAAGUCAUGAUGAAGAAGAAACAGAAGAGAGAACUGAAGAUGAAGAUUUGUAUGAUGAUGUUAAUCCUCUUGCCGGAUCUGACGACGAUGACGAUGAUGACGUUCAAGUUACAAUCGGAAAGAUAGAACCCCCUGUGAAUGUACAAUUUAAUAAAAGCGCUGCCGGCGAUCGACAAGUUCCAGCCGGAAAGUUGGAUAUUGAUACGAUUCCAAUGCUCAAUGACAAGCCUAUUUAUGAUGUUGAUUUAGCUACUAUGGAUGAUAGACCGUGGCGGAAGCCCGGAGCUGAUAUAACAGAUUAUUUCAAUUAUGGGUUUACUGAAGAUUCUUGGAAUACUUAUUGUGAACGACAAAAGAAAUUAAGGCUUGAGUUCACCUCACAGGCUGCUGUGAACAAAGCCAUUUUCUCUAAUAUUCAUAUUGCUAAUCCUUUGGCGAUGCCCUCAAGUGUGGGAGGUCGACAACUCGUUUCUCUCACUGAUAAUAAUACUACUAGUAAUGUGAAAGUUCUUACUGACAAUGGCGGAAGAUUCAAGCCCCAUUUCCAUAAGCCCGAAGGCAAUGAUCCUAUCGUGCGUACUGUUAUCGGUGGCGCUGCCAUUCCUGCUCAAACAAAUUCUUCUAAUUCCACACCCGCAACUCCAAACGCCGGCACCUCGCAGGCACCGAUUAUGGACUUCAGUAAGCCUCCGCCAGGCAUGACUCUUCCUCCCACCGUUAUAUCAUCGAUCUCACAAUCUGCAGCUCCUGGAAUUGAUGCUCCACCUGGUGUUGAAACUACUGCAGUAGCUGCUGCAGUGGAUGGACCACCGGGAGUAGAUAUUGCUCCUCCUGGUGAAACUAUUCAACCUAUUGGCUCAAGCAGCAUGGAUAUGUCUGUGCCUCCUCCAGGUUUCAAUCCUGCUAUGCCACCACCAGGACUCAGGCCCAUGGGCAUGCCACCCACCAAUAUGCCACCUCCUGUUUUCAAUUCUAUGAUGCCUCCACCAGGGUUCUCAAUGACACCACGUUUCCAACAAGUCCCAGGUAUGGGAAGACCUCCUAACAUGAUGCAUCGGGGCGAUUAUGGACAAAACGCACGACGAGAGUCCAGCGAUUUUGAUGAUAGAGAGAGCGAAGACGAAAGAAGAAGAUAUAGGAGGAGGAGUCGUUCAAGAUCUCCAGUUAAACGUGAUAGAAAAAGAGAUGAUCGCGAAGAUCGUAGAGACAGGGAUAGGGACAGAGACCGAGAGCGUGAACGAGAACGUGAUCGUGAUCGUGGUAAAGAACGAGAUAGAGCUGAGCGUUCACGUCGUCAUAGAAGUAGAAGUGCUUCUCCUGAAUCCCGAGGAAAAAAACGAUCUGAUGACAGAGAUAAGAAGAGAGACCGUAGAGAAGAAGAUGGUGACAGGAAGAAGAGUCGUCGUCACGAGGACGAUCCAAAGGAAAAGGAGAGAUCAUCGAGACAUCGGCGAUCUGAUAAAUCCAAAGAUGAUGGAGAUAGUAAAGAAGAUAGAGAACCUGCUCCCCCCGGCACAGAGGAAGCUGGGAAUGCUUGA